GCGAACAACACAUCAGUACUCUGCAGGUGAAGUGAAACCUGAUACUCGAUUGUUACCAUGGCGCAGAUCAAAACAAAACAAACAAAAACGAAUGCUGAUGGGAAUUUAUUCAUCUGGAAGCGUUAGUUUAGUUUUGCCUCCGAAGUCCGUUUUUCGCAUUUGUGCGUUUUGGGAAGUAAUAUCACUGCAACAGGAAGACAAGAUCUAUUUCAUCCUCCGGACUUGUCUUCACCUGUUUGUUGUUGCAGAGAUAGAGCGAGUAAAAGUAUCAGGUGUUAAAUAUUGAUGGGCUGACAGGUGUGAUCCUAAAUGCCCGACGGGUUUCUGCCUGUAUUGGUGAGGGGCUGCUAGCACGGCCGCCACAGGCUGAACCACGGACCUCAGUACUGUCAUUAUUCAGAUGCACAGAUCCCCACUCCUCCUGAAGGAGGAGGAGGAGGUGGUGAGCGGGCUGAGGGAGGUCAGGGAGAGUGGCCCGUCGUCAGGGAGCUGUGGUUCAUCGUAGUGAUGACAGCCAUCGCCCUGCUGCUGCUGGCUGUGGUGUUAGGAGUCGUGCUCCAUAAGGCCUUGAACAAACUCCCCCACAGCAGAGAGAGACCUCCACUGGUGGCUCUGCCCCUGCAGAAAAGAAGCCCCAUGGCAGUUUACCCACCCAGUAAUUCUGUUCUGUUUGACACUGUUCCUGAUACGACAGGCUUCUCCAACAGUGUUACACUAAAAGGUUUCACCAUGAAGAUAGAGGAAGUGCUGGAGGCCAAAUGUGAGCCCACCGAUCAGGAUCCGCAGGGUGACCUCAGGGGCUUCAGUGUGACCUCAUUGAGACGCAGCGUCAGCCAGAUGAUGGACGGAAAGACCCUGACAGGAGACGACGAAGCGUGGGACCCUCAUAUUUCAGGCCAUGACAGUGGGAUGUUCAUGGAAGAUGAAGAAUUUGUCGACACAGUCAAAGGUUUCAGCACCGUGAGGAAAGAACAUACCAUGUUCACCGACACUAACCUGUGAACCCAGAAUUACUUUUGAACCCAAAGGGACAGGGGUGAGGACCAGGGUUCUUUGUCUUCGGAACUAAACCAGUCAGAAGUUUUUACUCCAUCUUAAACAGAAACAGCACGGUCAGAGACAGCAGAGAAGGGAUUUGUCUGAUAACAUAGACUGGAAUCAUUGCAGAGACCACCAAAAAAAAACUAUAAAAAAAACCUAUAAAAGAUAAUGCUGAAGAGGUUAGAGGUCAGAGACAGGACGGCAAGUUGGGACAAACACAGUUAAUGAAAAGUCCAACCUGCAUCAUAGUCUUUGCAGAUUAAUUUAUUUGUAAUAAUUCACAAUGCAGUGAGGGCACAGACACUCACACUAUAAUAGUCCAUAACAUGGGUACAAAAUGGACAUUUACACAACAAAUUUAUGGAGUGCAGCACCACAAGUGACUGUAAACAAAUUUAGCUUUAGUUACAUGGAUAUUAAACAGUAUGGACCUUUAUUUUUAUGCUUUGCAACACCUUUCAUGACAAAUAUACAUUGUGUGACUAGAGCAGUGACAGUGGCGCAGGCAAUGGACUCAGUGGAAAGUUACACAGAUUGUGAAAAUGUGGACGUGGGUUCAAUCCUGAAGCUGGGCAACAUUUGUUAUACUUUGCUCCUCCUCUGGCUCCGGCUACACCUCUCACUAACCAAUCAAUGGUAGACUGCAGUGACGUAAAACAAAUCUUGUUAUUUUUUAAUAUAAGUUAGUACCAGGUAUUACCAGGUGAAAGCCGCUAUUUCCCACUAGACCUAGCUCAAAGAACUAUCCUCUCGAGCUGAGGAGGGACGUAAUACACUGCUAGGAGGAGUAUGAAAGAGGAAAAAGAGGAAAUAAAUUAAAAGAAGGCAAAUUAGAGCUGGAAUUGUCAUUUAUUGUGUUUUCUAAUUUAUGAAUCCAUAUACUGGAGUUAAUUGCAUGCAAAUUGAAAACUCAAUAUAUAGAAUUUGCACCUGAAACAUACUACCUAGUGGAUGGAUUUGAUUGAUCUAAAAUGUUAUUAAGAAACCUCUCUCGUAUGUUCUCUAUUUAUUUCUGUUCUUGAUCUAUGGUUUUGUCUUCACAAAGUAAAUGUGAUGUACUUGGUUCGGAUGCAACUUUCUUUGCUAUUUCAUCUGCAAAUUGAUUUCCUUUUGAAAUGUCAUCCGUUCCAUUUGUAUGUGCUGUACAUUUACAUACGGCUACUUGUUUUGGUAAUUGAAUUGCGUCCAGGAGUUCCAUCAAUAGUUUAGCAUGUGUGACAGGUUUUCCUGUUUAUGUAACCAUGCCACAAUUUUUCCACUGUUGUGCAAACACAUGCAAAGUUGAAAAAGCAUACUGGCUAUCAGUCCAGAUUGUAGUAAUUUUUCCUUUCAUCAAUUUACAGGCUUCUGUUAGUGCUACUAAUUCAGCUGCUUGUGCUGAGUAAUGGUUGGGAAGUUGUGUUGCUUUUAACACUUUUGUUUUAUUUACUACUGCGUAGCCUGUUGCAUUUGUGUCAUCUGGAUUUUUUCUACUUGAGCCAUCUACAAACAAUACAUGUGAGUUUGGAAUUGGAACAUCAGUUUAAUCUUUUCUUGGUAAAUGUAAUGUUUCCGUUUCUACCACACAAUCAUGUGUGAUUUCCUUCCACCAUAAUCUUGAAGUAGCACUGAUGUCAUAAAUUGUCCUCUGCAAUCCACUGUCUGGGUAAAAGGUUUCUUGUA